UCAACUUGCAUUCAACCAUCUGCACUCUAUGGCAACUCCAGACUUGACCGCUCUGUUGGCAUCUAGCCGCAACUUGGCGGCACAUCUGGAGCAACAGGAGUUGCCACAUCUCACACUUGGCCUGGACCAGAUUGAGAAUCAGUCUAGGAAGCUCGUGUCUAGGACGGGUGGCCCAGGUGCCGCAGAGCGAGCGAACUAUUUGCUUGCCCAAGCUCGCGUAAAUGCUCCUCAAUUGCAGAAUCUUGCGACAUCCCUCAACCCUGCCUUCACCUUCGCCCCGCUCCAGCCCGUGCGUGACACUGACAUCGCCUCGCAUUUACGACAUGCACACGAGCAGGCCAUCCUUUCCACUAUUGAGGAGACACGGAGAGACACGGCCCAGAGUUUUUGGAGAAGCAUGGAAGAGAAAAUCGGGCGUGACUGGGAAGAAAAGAAGAAGCGUGUUAUCGAGGAGCUUGCGACGGGUGACGAAAGACGCACACUGGAAUCAAGUGGCACUUCAUGGGGGAACAGAAGUUUGGCUCAAUCCCAGUCGUUUGCCGCAAGUAUAGGCCCCGGGUUAUCUCAGUCCCAGAUCGCUGGUCCCAGCCAGCCGUCACUCGGCAUGCCAGUCCAUAGCCGGAUGAUGGUAUAUGAUCGUGUCGUCUCCGAUCUGAAUCGUGCGCGCUUACAGGGAACACCUUUCCCGAUUAUUCAUGCUUUGAUCGAUGCGACGGAGCGUCUUCCGCCCGAACCAAAACGAGACCAAAUCGUCUCCACGUUCUCUCUACUUUCUUCUAUACUUGGAGAAGCCGAUCCCCGUUCAGCAAGUUACCAGACCGCCCCGCUUGCUGAGCGCGCAUACAGCCAGGCGUAUCUGUCACCCGCUUCUACCGAUGCAUUAGCGAAGAACUUGCGGCGCAGAAUCCUUGCUGGAAGCAUGAAGUGGUUAGAGGACCUAUACACCCAGCAUGUGGACAUCACACUCCAGAACAAUCCUGUUGAGGCCGCCCUUGGCGCCAGCCCCAGCGCGAGCAACAAGCUUCGUGCUUUCCUCGCCAUGAGAUACUACGAAGCUGGUCGAUGGCAGUCAAAUCUGGAACUUGUAAAAGGACAGCCGUUGUGGGCCAAGAUCUACUUCCUUUUGCGUUGUGGUCACCCGGAGGAGGCCUUGGCGGAGGCCGAGAAGCAGGAUGCGGCACUGAACAAGUUCGACAAGUUUUUCCUACCUUGUUUGCGGGAAUGGGUGGCAAAUGAUGAUCGGAGUGUGUCCAAGCAGCUUCGGGAUCGGCUACUCACGUCGUACAAUACGCACAUUCGCCAUGCUCCGACGAUCGACCCAUUCAAGCACGCGCUAUUCAAGCUCAUCGCCCGUGCCGAGCCUUCCAGGAGAAACGUCCCCCACGUGACCGAGACGACCGAAGACUGGCUCUGGUUCCAGCUCGCGAUGGCUGACGAGCCAAAGGAGGGUCUCCCAACAAACGACGGCCUGAAGGAGGUUGCAGCGACGAUCGUCAAGUUUGGAGAAAAGAGCUUCGACAAAGACGGAAGGCGGCCGUGGUUGUGGGUCAGGAUCCUGCUGAGCUGUGGAGAAUUUGAGAGAGCGGUAGCGAGCAUGCAUGAAAAGUCGAACAUGUCGGUCGAGGCAGUCCAUAUCGCUACCGCUCUGGCGUACUACGGUGUGUUCCGCGUACCAAAGAGCUCACAGCCCUCUGAAAGUUCCCUGCUUCUGCCCGGAGAUAGCAGCUCAUCCUUCCGGUUUGAUACCCUGAUCCAACGCUAUAUUCGUCACUUCACUCGCAUCGACCCGAAAGAAGCGCUCCAAUACGUAUAUUUGAUCACUCUCAGCAGUGAUGCACCAGGAGACACUGGCAAGGAGCAAGUGGCAUACGCCCACAGCCUAUGCCGGCAGAUUGCUUUUGAGAGCCCGAACUACGAGGAAUUGCUUGGUGGGCGAAGAAGGGAUGGCCUCAGCUUCCCUGGCGCAAUUGAACAAAAUAUGAAACUACUGCAUCUCGCGGACGCGAAGCAGUACCACCAAUCCAUCGUUCUCAACCUCGCUCUUCAGUACCAUUCUGAGAAACGUCUGAUUGAUGCUGUCAAGUUGUACAACCUCGCGGGGGAGUACAACGAUGUGAUGAAGCUGCUCAUCCAGGCUAUCGGCGAUACCCUCUUCGAGUCCCCAGAAGUGGAAAGUGAAGCUGGGCAUAUCCGCAGCACAGCAAGAGAAAUGUGGGAAACUUAUUAUACGACGCCGGACAUCCGAUCGAGAGUGCAGGAUGCGCUCUUGAGAACUUGCCAAAAGUUGUUGAAGAUUCGGGAAGGCUUUGAGGAUAUUCAUUAUGGGAGACAAGAGCUGGGUCUAGAGAAACUCGAUCAAACAGAUCUCCUGCCCUUCAAGACGACGGUGUACGAUAUGCACCGUAAGGCCGAGGAGGUCAAGCGGGAAGACCCAGCUGUUGUACGAAAUCUUCCCGAAAUUAUCAAACAGACAAUGGAAGCGUUAUGGACAUUGUAUCGCGAGGCGAAGAAGCGCACUGGAGAACAAGGUUUCCAACAGCGCUUGAUGAAUUUGAGAGAAAAGGCAAAACGGUUGAACAUGUUCGCGACGUCUCUCGGCCUCGCGGGAAUGGAUUUCCCCACGUUGAAUACCUUGGAAUCAUACAUGCAUAGCUAAUGUCUGACCUCACGCUGUUAAUAGAAUUUGACCGUGGGAACACAUGGUGGUUGACCAGAUGUCAUAACAUAUCUAUCUAUUGUCAAUCCUUAUAUUGAUUC